AUGGAUGAUAUUGGGAAACACGCUCCUUCUUACCAAUCAGAUCAGGAUAUAUUAAACGCUCGUGGUAUAAAUAUGACUGUAGACGAGGUAGCAGGCUUGCCGACCUGCAAGUAUUCGGAUAGAGUUCAGUCACUCAACCUUAGUGAAGAUGACUUGGCCUUCCUGAAAGGACUCCGACGGAGAAUUAAGAAUAGGCUGGCGUCACAGAACAGCCGACGUCGCAGUAUGGAGCAUCUACGUCGCCUCACAAGAGAACUACGUGCGUUAAGGGCUUGUAGGGAUGACGCGCUCUCAGAAAGACGUCUGUUAUUAGACACUAGGACUGAAUUAAGGGAAAGGUUCAAUAAACUACGAUGUCACGUGGUUCAGUACCUCCAAGAGCGUUCAGAUAACACCGAAGUACCGGACAUAGAUCACACAAGAAUAAAUAUGAACGAAGAUAGAACGGAACAGAACAGACAAACUGACAAAGAUAUAUUUGAGUGCAGAAUCGAGAAGUUGGUCCAGCAGAGCGUGAAUCAUGUCUACAGGGAGAAGAUAUGUGCCAAGACAGUGUUUAUAGGAGACGAGGUCCUUGACCUCUGUGUCAAGAAGAAAAGCCACGGAAGGAAACAGUCCACGCCGAAGAAAGUCGCAUACUGUCCUGAUUAUGAUGGGUUUGUGGUAGAUAUGUCUACUAAUGAUAGAUUUACAUGCUCGGGCGUGACUGAAAAAAGUUCUGCCGCGGCAGACACAGCUAGUGUACAGAACGACGAUGUUUUUAAGAAGAAAGAAUACAAACAGCGAAAAGUCUGUUUUCCUGAUGAAAAUCAAUUGGUGACAAAAUAUUUUGAGCCCUCCAACCCAUGGCAGGACAUACCCACGACGACGCGGUCACAACUUGCCGCAGAAUAUUUGGAGUCAUGCAGGAAACACAGGACACCACCAAUAGAUUCUGUCCUGCAGCAGAUAAGGGAAUUACCAGACAAUACAAUAGGUGGUGGUGUCAGAUCAGCACGACUGAUCCUGUCUCAAUGUUGUCUCCUCGGAGCUCGAGCUAUAGAUGCUCUGGAGGCUGUCAUGAGGAAGGUGCAGUUCAGGAGAUUGGAGCUGGACCACGCUGACAUAGAUGAUGAGGGGGCGGAGGCGUUAUUCGACAUGAUAGAGUUCUAUGAGAGCACUUCAGCCAUAUGUCUGAUGGGGCCGCAGAGGUUCGGCAUACGAGGAUGGCAGGCUGCUUCAAGGAUGAUUAAGAAGAGUGUAGAGCUGACUGAACUAGAAGUAUGUGACAGUCCCUUAGAGGCGUCCCACGCGCCUGUGUUAGAGAGGGCGCUUCGCCCCGCGUCUUGUAGACUAAGGGUGCUGUGCUUACAACAGGCGGCGUUGGCUGGGGAACCGCUAUUAUGUCUUGUUAUAGCGUUGAAGACGAACACAUCGAUACGCGAACUGCGGCUUGGUGAUAAUAGACUCACGCCCUCCGACGCGCAGCAGAUAGCAUCAGUACUACGAUACAACACGAGAAUACAGCUUUUGGAUCUAUCGAAUAACUUAAUACAGGAUUCCGGUGUGGAUUAUAUUUCAUCAGCGUUGGUCGAACAAGCAGAACAUUCGCCACCGUCGACUGUAGCAUCGCCGCUAUCACCACAUUCUGUUUCAGGCUGCGGUUACGAGUCGACUGGUCUGGCGUUCCUGGUGCUAUGGAACAACCAGCUGACGAGGAACUGUGCGCAGUAUCUGGCUAAAGUACUGCGUACAUCAAAGUCCCUAUGCGUGUUGAACGUGGGUCGUAACGCCCUCGGUUCAGAGGCCGUCCGGUCCUUAGUAGGGCGAGGCCUGGUGUCUUUGGGCCUGCAGGCGGCGCGGCUGGGCCCGGACGCGGCACGGGGCCUCGCUGACGUUAUACGAGGGGGGGAGAGGCUGCAGAGGUUGGAUCUCCGGGACAACAAGUUGGGUGUAGCGGGACUACAAGCGAUACUGGCGGCUGUUAAAGAACAUGCGUCUAUCACACAAAUAGACCUGGACGAUCCAGCGGAAUCACAGACGGGCGUCCAGAGCACGGAGGCUGCGACAGUCGCGCGACUUCUGCGCGACAUUCGUGUCGUGUGUCGCGGGAACGAACCCGCGGCCCCCGAUAGGCUCAUGAGGAAGAUCAGUCUGACGUGUCAUACGGUGCCUAUGAUUAAGACUCCAGCAGCUGAUGAUGAUCGUCGCGUCCGUCUCCGCUCCCCUGCGCCCUCUCCAGCCCCCUCGCCUGCUGGUAGCCCUGUACCUACACCUACUGGGUCACGGUUUUCGGUGACGCGAGUGACCCCAGACCGUGAGAUGUCAGAUUCAACCCCCACUACCCCAACUAGGUGUACUUCAUCAAGAUUUAAAGUUGUACAGGUAGUUGAACCACAAGUACAGACGCCAAGGAAGUCAGCAUCAAGAUUCUCAGUGACGAGGAACUAUGACACUACUUACAACCCCACGCUACCACCGACCACGCCGUCACCAUCACCAUCGCCAUCACCAACACCGUCACCACUACCAGAUAGAAGUGAGAAGAUUGGCCCAAAGAUUGGCCCAAAGAUUGGCCCAAACAUCGACGAUAGUGGCCAUGAUAAACAAGCAAAUGAACGAUCGAAUAUUGUUGAAAAUAUAAACACAGAACAUAAAGAUAUCACGAAUAAGAAACAGACUGAGAUGCUGGCAGACUUUAGUUAUGAUGAGGUCAUCAUAAAAGAUGUUAUAUUAAAAGAUAAAGAUAUAAAAGAUAUAGAAGGUAGUUUGAUAAUUAUUGACGAUGUGACAGACAAGGAACAAUCGUGUACACCAGCUAAGGAAUUAGAUAUGUGCGAAGUGAUUGAGAAAAGCGGAUUUGGUGUCAAACACCAAGUUAGUGACGAUAGUGUUAAUGAUUCGGACAACGAAGUUUUUAGUGAUAGUGCUGACUAUAAAAAUAUAGAUUUAGUAUAUAGUGAUAGGAACGAACAAAUGUCUCACAGUGAGACAGAGACGGGUGUAGCGAUAUGUAUAGGUGCGAGCGAGACGGGUAGAGAUAUAAACGAAACAGAUAGUCCAACCAAAGUACAUCGCGACCAAAAUGUAAAUAAUAUAUAUAAGGAUGAUAAAUUAGCCAUAGAUGAUGAUAGGGUUGUAGAUGUUGUAGAUUUAAACGUAACCAAUGUACCUGCUCGAGAUAGCGUAGUGUUAAAGAAGAACAAGAGUGAGUCGAGUCUCGACAGCCCUGACCUGGAGGUGUCUCGGCUCAUGAGGAGACCUGUUAGUGCCUUCUGUGAUAGUAGCUCGUCCUUGGAGAUAUCUGGCAGCUCUAUGGAGAGCUUGAACAUUGACAGACCCAGGCUGAUAGUCGAUAAACAUCUGUCCAAAGACAACAGCGUCGAAUCGACUAGUGAUGUGACACCAGUGAACCUAAAUGUAUCGAUAAGUUCCAACGAGAGCGUAUCGCCGAUCAUAUUCGCUAAGAAAAUCCACGGAUCGCUAUCCAGCUUAGAAGCGAGUGUCAGUUCGGUUGAAUCCGCCAAAGAGAAAAUCAUGGUGACGUCAGCGGAUUCAGGGAUUGAAUAUUCUUUACAAAACCCAUCGGAAAUGAAAGAAGAUAGUUCGUCUAACGAAGGCACGCUAACUUGUAGUUCGAGUUUAAAGGAAACUAUAAGGAAGGAUUCGCAGGAUACUGUCACACCGAAGCGAACAUCAAGUCUAUUGGAUGUUCCCGCUUUGAAAUCCAAGGGCUUAGAACGGAUGAGGAAAAUAUCAUGGGUAGCGCCAUCAGCUAGCUUCCAUCUGCCCAAAGCUGAUGAAAAAGUGGAAUAUAAGCUGCCGGGGAAUUUGGAGAAGUUGCUCAGCCUCUUCCAACAUCCGAGCAGUUUGUUCUCCAGAAGCAGCAGUGAUGAUGAGAGGAAAUCUAACUCCGGAACACCUCCGAGGAAAGAUUCUUCUCUGACCAGCUCUUUCUGGUCGUGGGGAAGUGUGGCUGAGAAAAACGAUGACGAUAGCAUAUCGGAUGCAACAGAUUCAACGCUAUCCGAACGUGUUCAAGUUUCGUUCGUAGACGAAUCAUUCUCAAAGAAACUCGACAGCAAAACACCUUCCACAGACACAGAUAACACUCUAAGUGAAUUUCAGUUUCCUAACACGGAUAAAGUUACCGUAACCACCGAUAAAUUAGUACAAACUUUAGAUUUAAGCGACGCCAGCUCGGCGAACCCGAGCGAUGAUCUCAUAGUGCCCAACGAUUUUGUAUACGACGAUAAUAUGAAAAGUGAAGAGAAAAUUGACGUUAAAAGAACAUUCGCCUCUGUUUUAAAAUCAUCCGGUACGGAGAACUCAUUGGAGAAACCGAACCCUGAUGUAGAACAGACGGUCGAGAAGCUUCCUAGCAAAGUGAUUAGAGGCAUUAAGGAAAAUAUAAGCCCGGAGAAUACUUUGACUUCCAGUAUAGCGACGAAAGCCAUGGCUAUGGAGGUAGCGGAAAGACAGGCAAAAAACAAACAGAUCGUCAACACAGUAUGGGAAGUCACGAAUCCAUUGACAGAGAAAAGUGACACUAAAGUGCUCGAGAAGAAGACUCAAAGUGAUAUGGCGCCGAUAGCGAAUAUAGACGAAACUUGCGACGUAUCAGCUGAUGACGUCAUCCAGCUGGCGUACAUCGAUGAUAAAGCUGAUAAGGUUGAGAAGGUCAUGGAGAAUAUUGACCUUGGGAAGGACGCGCUGUCGUACCUGAUAUAUGAGAACCAAGAUUACGAGGAUACGGAAACUGUGUUGGCGAACAGAUCGCAGGAAGGAUCCCUGGCUCAAGAGUUACGGGAUGCUGAGAUUAAAGAAAUGCUAGAUCUAUCACCGGAAUUAGUUUUAGACGAGGCUUUGGAGAUACCGGAGAUAUACACGGUAGAAAUCAAAGGACGAAAGUCUUCACCAGUCAUACCAGAGCGAGCGAAGAUGAAGAAGUCCAAUUCGCUGGAAGAUUUGACGAAGAGGCAGAAUAUAGAAGAGAAGGAGAGUCCUAAGAUGAAGACGAUAGCUUUCAAAGUACCAGAAAGCACCACGCCUAGAGACAUACCGGAGAGACGAACGAAAUUACGAUCUAGAAGCGGUUCCAGUCCAAAAUCAUUACCAGAAAGUCUCAAUAAGCCAUGUCCGUUAACAAAAAUGGAUUCUAUAUUAAGCAAGAAGAAGAAAAAGGUGUCCAGCCUUGGAAAAAUGGCGAAAGAUUCGCUGCUAGCGUUAAAUAUGAGUGAGGAGGAGAUAGCUGAGUUCAGACGUUCAUACAAACUGACCUCUGUUGAAAGUCUAAGAUCUUUAGAAUCAGUUUCCGAAGACGCGAAUUCACAUAGCGGGACCUCAUACGACUCGAGAUGCAGAGCCUGUCUUAGGACCUCACAAGAAAGUCUAAUGUCGCUAGAUUCAAUCAACGAGGAUUGUAGAUGUGUUGAUGAAGAGAAACGUCACCAUAGAUAA